CUGUAGGCAAAUAGGGCAGUGACUUUGGGAGCAAGAAUGUCAUUUUCUAUCAAAUAUAGAGGGGAUGUUUGGGGUUGUGUGCUAACGAGGCUGGACAACAUUUGGUGUUGGUGAGAGGCGAGGUCAGCACAGCACAGCACGCUUUGCUUCCUGAGUUGAACAACCUCCUCCUCCUGUUAUUACGUUGUGUUUUUAGAGAGAGGGGCUGUGGUUGCGUGCAUUUGCUCUAAUUUCUGUUUUCUGUUUUGGGGUUCUUUGGGGGGAAGGGAAUCUCUCUGCCCAUCUCAUCAUUUUUCACUUUUGUUUCCAUCUCUAUUUGUAAAAAUCUCUCACAGCAACUACUCAUACAACCCACGAGUCCCAAAAGUAGAGAGAGAGAGAGAGAGAGAGAGAGAGAGAGGAGAGAGAAGGAAAAAACGAAAAGAAAAGAAGAGAAAGAACCCACUAAAGCCUACAUCAAAUUUUAAAGAGAAAAAAACCCCGUAGACAUCAAUCCCCGCCCUAUUUUAGCCUCCCUGUCCCUUUUGUGCUUUAAGUUUGGUUGUUUGUUCUUCUCCUUAUUUUCUCUUCCCUUGUGAGGUUUUGGUUUUUCCUUUGUGCUUGUUUCUUCAAGAUCUUUUGAUAUCAAAGGUGUGUGAGACCAAGUGAGCAAUUUGAGCACAUGAGGAUGUUGGCCUUUGAAGUUUAGAGCUUUGUCCAAAGACUUUUAUAAGUUCCUUCAAUUUGUAUUUCUGGUGUGAAAAGUACAAGGGAAAGUAAAAAGAUUUGAAUUUUUCACUAGGGUCAUCACAAAAACUGAGUAUUUAGAUAUGGUCGCUGAGAUGGAGGGAUGUACAAGGAAGGAGGAGGAGGCAUGUCCACAGCUGCUAGAUUUAAUUCCUAGACAGAGAGACUGGCUUGUGAGCAGAGAUAUUGAGGGCAGCAGCCAUGGAAGCUCCUCCUCAGAGGAGAAGAAGCUUGAGCUCAGGCUUGGCCCUCCAUGCCAAAACUGGUCAAUGGAAAGAGAAAGAGAUGAGAAGUCUCAGUCCCUUCUCUCUCUUGGGUACUUUUCUUCCCCCAUGUUCUCCAACCAAACCCAGAAACUUAUUUCUUCUUACCAGCAGCAGGCAAAAGUUGGAUCUUUUAUUCACCUGCCUGUCAACCCCAACAAAGCGUCACAGCCCUGUUGCAGUAAAGUGGUAGACUUGCAGAAUGCAGAAAGGAAAGGGUUUUCACCAGCCCCUGCAAACACAGCUGUGCUCCCCAACACCUCUCAGAAAAGAACUGCUCCUGCUCCGGUUGUGGGUUGGCCUCCAGUUCGAUCAUUUAGGAAAAAUCUUGCAAGCAACAACUCAUCGAAACCUGCGGUUGAAUCCGAAAAUGUUGUCCAAAACAAAGUUCCUAAUGGUAAACCAGUUGAAACCAGCAGACAGGGUCUGUUUGUGAAAAUUAACAUGGAUGGGGUUCCCAUCGGAAGAAAAGUGGACCUCGGUGCCUAUGACAGCUACCAAAAGCUCUCCUCCGCUGUCGAUGAACUCUUCCGUGGCCUUCUCGCAGCUCAAAGAGAUUCCUGUGCUGGUGGAACCAAGAACAAGCAAGGGGAAGAGAAAGAAAUCGCAGGCUUAUUGGAUGGAAGUGGAGAAUAUACCCGUUAUGAAGAUAAUGAAGGAGACAGGAUGCUCGUUGGGGAUGUCCCAUGGCAGAUGUUUGUGUCGACUGUGAAGAGGCUGCGUGUGCUCAAGAGCUCUGAACUUUCUGCACUUCGUCUUCGUAGCAGCAAGCAAGAUAAGAUGCCACUUUGACUCUGCAUUCAACCGAAGAAAGGGGAAUUUUAAUCUCAAGAAUCCACCAUUGAAGUUUGUAUUUUGCACUAGACUUGUUUUGUGUGACUUAUCUGAAAUUUUGCUUCAGUAAUUUCUGUGGAGAAAAGGAAAUGAGAAAAGGAAGCCAAGUGGCGUGUGGAGAUGUAUGGGUCUGUAUCUUGGCUCUUGUAGAAAAAAGAGAAGCAAAGAAUGUGCUUUGGGUGGCACAUCACCUUGCCAUAUUAUGCAUUCUGGUAAUUAUGUUACGCGGAUUUAACCGAAUGCCACAUUAUUUACUCUGUUAUGGAUUCUAGCAAUAAUGUUAUGUUGGUUCAACCGAUUGUAAGUCGAA